UGACAUGUGACAAUUUUUGACAAGUUGCGGAGCGCACCGCACGGCGCACAAGUCGAAAUUUUUCUGGCUAUGAUUCAGUCAGUCAGAAAAACCGGAAAAUCAAGACUCUGACGUUCGAAGGAAUUGGAAAAUAGAAACAUUGUAUUUCCAUAGUUUCUCUAAAUACUAUUUUAAUAUCAGUUCCUACUCGCUUUUAAACUUCAGUUCUUCCUUACAUAGUUUUUUCUGCCGUGCUUUUCUGCCGUGUAGUCCCCAAAAGUUAUACUUUUCAGUAAAAAUGGAAUUCAAAUUAGGAUUUAUCGGUGGGGGUAACAUGUCCACAGGCAUCGUUAAAGGAAUCCUCAAGAGUGGUGCCCACUCUGCAUCUAAUAUAUGGGUGUCAGGGCCUCAUAUAGAAAAUUUAAAACAUUGGAGCGAAAUGGGAACUAAUGUUACUACAAAUAACGGAGAAGUAUUUCAAAAGUGUGAUAUAAUAAUUUUGGGGAUAAAAGUUACCCAAUUAAGCGAGGCUCUUCAUAAUAUCCAAAGAAGUGUGAGCUCAAAAAAAGAUGUAUUGUUUGUGUCUAUGUUACCAGGAAUUGUUAUAAAUGAACUUCAUAAGAUUAUAAAAUCAUAUCUACCAUUUGUGAAUGCGACUGUGAUACGUAUAAUGCCCAACACCCCAAUGACAAUUGGAGAAGGUGUUUGUCUUUACACUCCAGACAAUGAAGUAUCAGAUUUACAAUGUUCAAGGUUAGAGAAACUUCUUAGCAGUUCUGCGCUGUGUGAGAAAAUUCCCGAAUACUUAAUGGAUGCUUUGGGUGCAUUGACUGCGUGUGCUCCAGCUUAUAUGUAUGUAGUGAUUGAAGCAUUGGCUGAUGGUGCUGUGAAGCAAGGUGUGCCAAGGACUACUGCAAUGCGUCUCGCAGCCCAGAUGGUAGUAGGCAGUGGUCAAAUGGUGCUGCAAUCUGGAAAACACCCUGGAUUAUUGAAGGAUGAAGUAUGUUCGCCUGGUGGGUCAACUAUUGCUGGAAUUGCUGCACUUGAGAAUGGUAAACUAAGGGCAACACUGAUCAACGCAAUUGAAGCAUCAACUAUUAGAAAUAAGGAGUUGGGAAACAAAUAAGUGCAUGACAAUUUAUUAUGCUUUACACAUUAGUAUUAAGGAAAAUGCUUCAAACCAAAUUCAUCGAUAUGAAUCUCAAUUCAAUACUCGUUGAAUACUUAGCUAAGUUUGUUGAUACUUAAUUAUUUUAUUUAAACAAAUGUACCUAUACUCAGAAUCUCGGAACCUCAUUGCUCUUCUUAUUGCCGUAUUAUUAUGUAACAGAUAGUUAGGGCUGUAAACACAUGUUUAUGCAAAUUAAUCUAUUGUACUGUAAGUUAGCAUUCCCUCAUUUUUGAUACUACUCAUAUAAGCUUAGUUUAUACAGAGAGGACUUUUAAGCUUCCUAUGUUAACACACUCUCUAUUAUUUCUGUUUUAUAGUAUUGAUAUUCCAGCCAAUUUUUUGUUCCUACUGUUUUAACUAUAAGUGAUACCUACCAUACAGUAUAACUGUAUAGUAUUUUAAGUUUUUGUUUGUAUUUUUGCUUAUUUUAUUUUCUUCAAUAUUUUUUUAUCUUUUAUCUUGAA